AUGUCCAGCCUCUACAAGCUCUCCAUUCUGGGUGUCAGAUCCUUCUCUCCAAAGGACAACGAGAUCAUCCAGUUUGGUACACCUUUAACGCUUAUAUGUGGCCAGAACGGAUGUGGAAAAACCACCAUCAUAGAGUGUCUCAAAUAUGCUACCACAGGAGAUUUACCGCCCAAUUCCAAAGGUGGAGCGUUUGUCAACGAUCCUGCAGUUGCUGAUAGGCUGAUAGUGAACGCAGAAAUCAAAUUGGGUUUCAUAUCUGUCGACAAGAAGCUGAUGACAGUGACGAGGAAUAUGCAGUUGACCAGAAAGAGAACAGGGAGACUGGCUACGGCAACAAAUACGUUCAAGACUCUAGAAGGGCAGCUUGCUGUCCAUUCAAAUGGACGAAAAACGUCAAUUUCGCUGAAGAAUGCUGAGUUGGACACGCGAGUUCCGCAAUACUUGGGUGCCUCGAAAGCAGUGCUAGAAUAUGUGAUUUUCUGUCACCAGGAAGACAGUUUGUGGCCCUUGAGCGAAGCAAGUGUGUUGAAGAAACGGUUUGAUGAGAUUUUCGAGGCGUCAAAAUUCACGAAGGUUUUGGAUAACUUGAAGAUUAUCAACAAGGAAAUGAGCACCGAUAUCAAGCUUUUGGAGCAAAGCGUGCAGCACGCAAACUUGGAUAAGAGAAGAGCAGGAAAAAUCAAGGAGAAAGUGGCAGAGAGCCAGCGCAAAGUGGAGCAGCUCAACGGGGAGAUAGCCGAGUUGAACAUGGAGAUCGAGGCGUUGGAGAAACAAGCCGACGAUUUGUUCCAUUCCAACCAACUGUUCCAGAAAACGCUUUCUGAGCACGAAAGGCUCAAGAUGGUCUAUGAGACCACAGAAACAAACUUCAAGCGGUUGCGACUGUCGAUUGAGCUUUUGCGGGAUUCCGACGAUGAACUACGGCAUCAGUUGGCGAACUUUUCGCAGAUCCAGCAGCAGAGAAGCGAGGCCGUGGAGGAAAAAGAGCUUCUUUUAGUAGACCUUGAUGCGCAGCAACUGGCACAGCAAGAGUCGCUUUCUGUGUUGACUCGUGACGAGGGUAUUUUGUUUAGUAAAAAGCAGGCGUAUGAGGAGCGCAAGCAGCAGCUACAAGAGCUUUUGGGAGAGCUCGAGAGGGACUACAAACUCUCUCAAGAGUCGGUUUUUGAGGAGUUGAAUGCGUUUCUCAAGCAGAAGGAGGAUCUGUAUGAGAAUGCAGUUGCAGCCAAUGAAAGAAAGGUCGAGGAGGCCGCUGCCUCCGUCAAGGACGCAGAAAAGCUUUUUUCUCGUGAGGAGCAACAUCUAAGUUACGGCAACGACGAGCUUAAGUCGUUAAAGGCAAAACUCAAAGAGUUGAAUGCCAAAGCAAGCGCUUCUUCUGCUACAGAAGACAACAUCACAAUUGAAAACGCAGAACUCGAGUCACUCCGGAAGAAGCUUGAGCGCAAGAAAAAUGACGACAACUCCAUUGCCCUUUCUGAAACCAUUGAGCGUGACACUGAGAGACAUAAUGCUUUGGAGCAUGAGCUUGAUAAUCUCAUGAGGAAAUUGACCAAUGCCAAUAAGCAGGCAGACUUGUUGAGUAAACUUGAUCUUCUCAAGGAUUCUUUAAGCGUCAAGGAGGAAGUACACGCUAAGAAUAUCAAGCAAAACGAGAGCGCCUUCGAGAAAGUUACAGGCAAAAAAUUGGACGGCGAUUUCGAGAAGAGUCUCCAGGAAACUAUGGCAGAGACUCAAGCUGAAGUGACAGAAAAGACAACAAAGCUCAACUCACUAAAGUCUCAGAUGGACAAGCUCAGGGCCAAUGAGGAGUCUGACGCUGCAAGCUUGUCCAAGCAAGAGAAGUCCCUUGCUACUCACACCAGUAAUAUUCUCAACAUUAUUGAAAAAGACGAGAUCCCACAGUAUGAAGAGUUGGUGAAGGAAACGGAGGAAGAUUUCAACACCGCCACCUAUAAUCUCAACACAUUCGAUGUCACAAAGAGUUUCAAAGUCAAGGCAAUUGAGAUUGCCAAACAGUCCAAAUGCUGCACUCUUUGUAACAGAGGCUUCUCCAGUGAUGAACUUGACACUUUCAUCAAUGAAGUGCAACAGAACCUCAAUACCGUUACGGCAAGUAAAUUACAAGAAGACGUGGACACCACGAAGAAAGAUUUGGAUCUGAUGAAUGCUAUAAGGUAUGAUGUCUUACAGUACCGUUCACUAAUCUCCGAAGUGUCUAGUUGCAAGGAGCAAGUUCAAAAGAAAAGAGCCGCUUUGAGUGAAAUUCAGCAGGAACAUGAUAAGUUGGAGGAGAGCUUAGAUGUUCUCCGUACCGCCCUCGAUGAAGCAGCAAUACUCAAACAGCCAAUUAGCAAUAUUGCACGCUUGAAGGACGAAAUUGCUCAUAUCAGAAAGCAGAUUGAUGAAGUGGAGCAAGAGCUUGACAGCGACGGAGGCUCUGCCAUGUCGAUGGCUGAAUUGCAAAAGUCUCAACAAGAAAAAAGCUUCGAACUCAAAAAGCUAAGACAAAGCAUCGCCUCUGCCAAGGAUGAGAGGGACGUCAAGCAGAAAGAUCUUGCUCGCCUCGAAAGUCAGAUCAAAGACAAAGAACUUCGAAUCAGCAACUUGAAGAACUCGAUGAAUGAGCUCGUGACGCUCAAAAGGUCAGUCACUGAGACAGAAGAGAAAAUCUCUGCCCUUGAGGACAAGCAGAAAACGGUACAGAAGAAUCUAAAGGAGUACGAGAGAAGGCUUCAUGAUACAACGACUGCUUGCAAUCAGCUAAAAGACCGCUGCCAACAGGAAGAGUCGAGCAUGCUUGAGGAGCUUCAAAAGAUUCGUCACAAGGAGGCUCAACUCUCGGAUCUUAAGCAGCAGAUUUCUUCCUUUGAAGUGGAGGAUCUUCCCAAAGUGGAGCACAAUGCUGCAAAGAUGAAAGAAGUUCGACAGCAGAUUCAGGCAUUCGCCCAGCAGCGAAAAACACUCGAAAAGGAGACUUCCACGUUAAAGGAUGCUGUCAACGAUGCAGUAAAGACUAGGAGGAACAUCGAAGAUAAUCUUCAAUACAGAAGUACAGAAAGAGAGCUUGACGCUAUUCGAGAGCAAAUCGACCAACUUGAUGUCUCCAAUGCAGAAGUUGAAAAAGAGAAUUAUCAAGCAGCUUCAAAGAAUCUUCGUGACAAGAUAGCUGAGUUGAACGGCCAGCAUUUUGGGAAGGCCGGUGAAGUCAAGCAGAUCAAUGAUCAGAUCCAGCAGCUCCAAAAGGAGCUUAACUCGGAGUUUAAGGAUGUGGAAAAAAUGUAUCACAAGGAGUGGAUUAGGCUUCAAACCAAUAUGCUUGUUUCCAAAGACUUGCAGACAUACUCCCUGGCUCUUGAUAAUGCCAUCAUGAAAUACCAUAGUAUGAAAAUGGACCAGAUAAAUAAGAUUCUACGUGAGCUUUGGAACCAGACGUACAAGGGCACAGAUAUCGAUCGAAUCGAGAUAAAGUGUGAUGUCAAUACCCUGGGUCGUGGCCGCUCCUACAACUAUCGUGUGGUGAUGUACAAGAAGAGCUCGGAGUUGGACAUGAGAGGACGCUGUUCUGCUGGACAGAAAGUGCUUACCAGUAUUUUGAUUCGCCUAGCUCUUGCUGAGUGCUUCGGCACAAACUGUGGUAUGAUUGCCCUUGACGAGCCUACGACGAAUUUGGACACCGAAAAUGCCGAAUCUCUUGCCACUGCUCUCAACACCAUCAUCGACGUCAGAAAAAGCCAGAAGAAUUUCCAGCUCAUUGUCAUCACUCACGACGAGAAAUUCUUGAGCCACAUUAACGGAGGAAGCUACAUCGACAAUUUCUACAGAAUCGAGCGAGACGAGAACCAGUAUUCUGUGAUCAAGAGCUUACCUAUACAUUUGAUGCAAGACGAAUAA